AGACGACGACGUAAGUGGGCGGUGGGCCAAGCGGUCAAGCGGCCAACGGGAAAAGGGAAUGUGAGAAGCAGGCCGGGUAAAGAUCAAGAGAGAGAGAUGGCGGCGACGCAGACGCAGACAAGAAGACGACGCAAAUGCUGCAGCAGCGGCGGCAACAACAACAAAGCGCACGGCAGCACGAGCAUGUGCGAGGCCAGCCAGCCGGGGGUCCACCAGACUUAUGAGGCUGGUCUGAUGCGUGCAAUGACAAUGCAAAUGUCGGCCGUCGUGCCCCUUUCGUGCCCGUGGGCUUGGCUGCGAAGGGGGAGCGACAGGGCCAGCAGAGGGCCAGCCAGAGCCCAGCAAAAGGUCCAGCCACAGCCCGCCCGGCCAAUCACAGUCCGUGAAGCCAUGACGCCACUGCUCUGCACCCCCGCGCCACACCCCCGGCCAGCCACGCCAGCGGGAGGCGCGCGUCUAUAUUACAUAGGCCGCUAA